GAUGGUCUGUUAAACAUUUAAAGAUUUAAAACCAUGUUAAAAAUGUACGAUUUAAAUCUAUCAGCGUUUAUUCCAACUUGAUCCCUUUAAGAAAUUGGAACGGACUUCUUUUUGUUUUGAACAUUUAAAUAAUACAAAACAAUUACUGUUUUGUCAUAUGUUAAUUGGUAUACAUUAACGUACAAUGAGUUUAAAAUCAGCACAAUAAUAAAGAUGGGCGAUAAUAGUACCGAUUCGUUACAGAUUCGGAAAAUGGCUUCUCCAAAAAGUCCAGUUGACAGACAGAAAAGAAGAAUAAAGGACUUGGAUGAAAAAUGGAAAAUGCUUUUUAACGAGAAACAACGUCCACCUUUGUACAGCGUCGAGAAGUAUAUUGAAUACCUUCGGAAAUUCACAGAAAAUCCUCCUACCGAUGAUUCCUCCUACAGUAAAGGGAGCACCAGGUCUAACUCCUCCGCAGGAAGUUCACGAUCUGGAACCGGUUCAGAACAACAAAUUUCUUAUCUACUGAAGAAGCUCAAACUAGACUUAAAGAUGUCGUAUGACAGAUUUUUAGAGAAUUUUAUAAGCAGUCCGAAUAACGGUUUAGUGCUGCUUCUUACACUGUUGAAAAAUAUUCAGAAAUUUACCAGAGACGACAUGAAAAGAACUGCUAGAGAAAAACUACAAUCGAAAAAACGUGCAAUGAUAGAAGAGUUGGAAUGUGUUAUGUGCAUCAAAUUCUGUCUCCGUUAUAGGGGUUCAGUUAAAAUUUUGCUAGAUGUACCGUAUGGUUUAGAAAAUGUUGCUGAGGCUUUACUAAGUUCAAAUGUCAUGUCGAGAUGUACGGCACUAGAGGUUAUGAGUAAGGUAUUGAUGGAAGAUGAAGGUUUCCAUAGAGAUCUAGAAUGCUUUUCUUACUUUCGAUUAAAGAACUGUGAACCGGUCAGGUUCAAGUUCCUCGUCAACAUGUUAAUGACGGCUGGUUCCAGUGCAAUACAAGUCUCAUUUCAGCUUUGUUGUAUGAAGUUUAUAAAUUCCCUGCUAACCUCGUCACCCGAUGGUAACACACGUAUUUUUCUGCAAUCAGAAGUGGAGAGUGCUGGUUUAGAUAUAAAAGCAUUGUUAUCGACCGUUGAGAUGAAAUCAACUGAUGAAAAAGACGAGUUAAGAAAAGAAAUAAUAGAUUACAGGAACAGUCUUUUAGAUGUGGACCAGUUGUUAGAAUCCCAUGAAACUUUAUACAAGUUAAACAUUGAACUACAGCAAAGGGUGUUUGAACUUCAAUCACAGUUACAGUUAUCAAGAAGAUUACAGCAAAACCAAGAACCAGAUGAUAUUGUCCAUACUUACCAUAAACAGCAAAGUCCUGAACCGGAAACCAUUCAAGGAUUGGAAGAGUUAGAUCAACUACUAGAUUCUAUAGAUUCAGAUAGUAACCAUUCUUUUGAAGUUCAACCAGAAACAUCAAAUCCUGUUGUAGAACCACGAGUAAUAAAUCAACCAAUCAUACGCAGAGGAAGUAAUCGCAAUUGGCGAAAAACUGGCCACCCACUUCCUGUUUUAAAAAGACAAUCUAAAGACACAAUUGUACCAUUAUCAUACAAAAUAUUGAAUUCAGACAAUAGUGAGCCCAAACAUGACUAUAACCAAAACAUUGAACCGAGGAUUGAAGGUAGAGAACAGAACAAAGCAAAGAGUGAAAAAAUAACUUUUAUUGAAAAGACUAGAGCAGACAGAUUUUUGCAGAUACAAAAAGAAAUAGGAUUGCCACUAGAUGUUAUUGUGGAAUGUGUACAGUCGUACGAUAUAGAGGACAUUGCUACCGAAAAUGUCAAAGCAUUAUUUGAACUUUUGCCAACUGAAAACGAGAUGAGAAAUAUUUUAACCCUUGAAUGCGAUUUAGAAAAUCUUGGAGAAGCAGAACAGUUUCUUGUACAGAUGAUGGCUGUGGAACGCUUAGAAGAAAAGUUAAAUAUCAUGCAAUUUGUGGAUCAAUAUCAGAAAACAGUUGAUGGCAAGUACCAGGAAGUAAGCAAAAUAAAGGAUUGCUGCAAAAAAGUUAUGGAAUUUAAACAUUUUAAGAGUUUACUUGAGGUAAUAAAAGAUUACAUGGUUGACAAUUUCUACACUACACCAUUAGACUUUAAAUUGUCAUUUUUAAUAGAAUCUGAUUCAACAUGUCUGGAACCUACUGAAUGGAAUCUAUUGAAGACUAUUGUUGGCGAAAUAUGUAGCACACAUCCGUAUUUACUGCAUUGGUACAAAGAUAUAUCAUUUGACCUUGACGAAAAAGUUUCCAUCAAAAGUUUUCAGCUAUUUAUAGAUGAAACGAAACGUGGUAUCAAGGUAAUCGAAACGGAACAGUCAAAGUGUCCAUCAGAAGACCUUAAUAAAACUCACCAUUCAGUGUGCAGCCGAUUUAAUUCUUUUUAUGAACAUUUUCAAGAAAUGGACAAACUAUUUAGUGAUGUUUGUGUCCUUUGUAAUGAAAACAAGGAAAUAAUAGAACCAGCAGACCUGUUAACAAACAUUAAUACGUUUGCGGCUCGUUUUGAGAAUUUAGUUGAAAAAUUACCUGUCAGAAAAUUAUCAAAGGAUAUCACUUUGGAGCCGAUUCCUGACUACAUGAGACAAAAAGAAAAUGAAUUUCAAAAACAAACCGAAUCAAAACUCUUUUCUCAGGAAAUAAUAGAAUCGGAUUUGGACACGUUUGGACUAAACGCCACAAAGCAAAUGGACGACAAGGAACGAAUAAAAAAUUGGAUUGUAAUGACAACGCCAUCACAAUAUGUAGAUCCUUCUGUUUUCGUUGAACAAUCGUAUACUUCAAAAAACAAAGACGGUGAGAAGUGGUGUAAAUUAAAACACCAAGACAGUGAUAGCGGGGAUAGUGCAUUCGAAGGAUCAGGUGGGCGUUGUUUGAAAAAAUAUGUCAUGACGAAAGAAGAAAGUAAACAACGGACAAGUUCACCUCUGUUGAAAUCUAAUCUUACAAACGAACCUCCACCUGACUACCCUAGAAGUAACUCUCCUGACUUGGUUGAUAAUCAAUAUGAUGACUUAAGUAGUGAGGUGUCACGGAUCCUUCAGGAGUUUGAAGGAGAUUUAAAUGGUUACGAAACCCAUCUAUCUAGUCCUGUCAAUCGCAAAUUUUAUACCAUUCGAUCUAUCAUUCAUUUAUAAAUAUUUUUUUUCCCGUUUUGGCUUUUAACAAGUAAAAAUAUUAUUUAUUUAGCUGUUAGGAACCAUUUUGAAGGCUAAACAUGAGCAAAAUAUAAUAAAUGUAUACCAUUGACAAAAAUAUAAUAAAUUAUAGAAGAGUACACGAAAUUUAUUAAUGAAUCAUAUUGUAAGACCUUUGUUCAUUGUGACUAGAGCUAUCAGCUGAUUUUUUUUUACUUUGCUUUUGUGAUCUUGUUAACUGGUACCUUACUUUAUAUAUCAUUUUUGUAUUCCAUUUCCAUGUUGUUAUAUUUGAGCUGUAUAUUACCUCAUGACAAUAUUAUUAAUUGACAGUGCAAUAAAUAGACAUACAUAUUUAUUUAUUUUUAUUCAGGAAAAACAGUCACGAAUAGAAAAAAGUAGAAUAAAAAAAAUACCGAACCCCGAGGAAAAUUCAAAAAAAAAGAUUCCCUAAGUAAAUGUCGUAUUCAAAAGCUCAAACUCACAAAAAAACGAUGGAUAACAACUGUCAUAUUGCUGACUUGUUACAUGAAUGUUCAUAUGUAAACAAUGGUGGAUUAAACCUUUAAGGAAGGAUGAUAGCUUAAUCACCUGUAAUCAGGUCUUCCGUAAAAUGUACAGUCCAGUCAGAAUGAGAAGCAAGUGUUUUUAAUUUUGAAUCCAGUGCAUUUUGAAUAUUAUCUGUUAUAUAAAAGUUUAUUCUUUUAUCUUUGUUGUGAGUGAUUUUGUUGACUUUGACCUCAUUUUUGGGAAAAAAUUGCAUUGAGUAAACUAUUUAAAAAAAACAACGUCUGAAUCCGUGUUUGACAUUGUAGAAUAUU